ACUCAUGAUCUGGUUUCUUACACAUCAACGCUCUCUCAAAACACUGGAAGCCAAAAUCGAGUCAGUCCAGGCCACUUUCAAUACGCAGAAUCAUUCAAUCCAUGGCAGCGAGCUCUCAUUUGACCGUCGCUUUGAAUCGAGCUGAACCGUUUUCGGGCUGCAAUUCAUUGCCUUCUCUAAUCGGUUUGAGUACCAGGUUUGGUAAAUCCAGGUUGCUUCUUGUCCGGACUUCGAGUUGGCGAUCGCCGAAGCGGACGCUUGUGGUUAGGAAUGUGUCCAGUGAGCCGACACAGAAGUUGAAGGAUCCGGUUGCUGAUGAAGAAUCAGCAACCGGGGCGAGUACUUUUGAGCCGGACUCCUCGUCGAUUGCCGCGAGUAUUAAAUACCAUGCAGAGUUUACCCCUCUAUUUUCUCCGGAUCGAUUUGAUCUUCCUAAGGCCUACUUUGCCACUGCACAAAGUGUUCGAGAUGCUCUUAUCAUAAAUUGGAAUGAGACAUAUGAACUUUACGAGAAGUUGAAUGUCAAGCAGGCAUAUUAUUUGUCGAUGGAAUUUCUGCAGGGUAGAGCACUGUUGAAUGCAAUUGGUAAUUUGGAGCUCACUGGGGCCUAUGCAGAGGCAUUGAGCAAGCUUGGAUACGAAUUGGAAAAUGUGGCUUGUCAGGAACCAGAUGCUGCUCUUGGAAAUGGGGGCCUUGGGCGACUUGCCUCCUGUUUUUUGGAUUCCUUGGCAACACUUAAUUACCCGGCAUGGGGUUAUGGGCUAAGGUACAAGUAUGGCUUAUUCAAACAGAAAAUUACCAAGGAUGGUCAGCAGGAGGCUGCUGAAAAUUGGCUCGAGGUUGGCAACCCUUGGGAAAUUGUCAGAAAUGAUAUAAAGUAUCCAAUCAAGUUCUACGGCAAAGUUGUUGUUGGAUCAGAUGGGAAAAAGAAUUGGAUUGGUGGAGAGGAUAUAGAGGCUGUAGCAUAUGACGUUCCAAUUCCAGGAUAUAAAACCAAAAAUACAAUCAGCCUGCGACUUUGGUCAACAAAAGCUACAACGGAAGAUUUUGAUUUAGCUGCUUUUAAUGCUGGAGAACAUACCAGAGCAUCAGAGGCCCUUGCAAGUGCUGAAAAGAUUUGCCAUGUUCUGUACCCUGGAGAUGAUUCAUUUGAAGGAAAGGUUCUUCGUCUGAAGCAGCAGUAUACUCUAUGUUCAGCAUCUCUACAGGAUAUAGUUGCACGCUUUGAGAGAAGAUCUGGUGCAAACAAGAAAUGGGAAGAAUUUCCAGAGAAGGUUGCUGUGCAGAUGAAUGACACUCACCCAACCCUAUGCAUUCCCGAGCUCAUGAGAAUUUUAUUGGAUUUGAAGGGUUUAAGCUGGGAAGAAGCCUGGAAUAUUACUCAAAGGACUGUGGCUUACACAAAUCAUACCGUUCUGCCUGAGGCAUUGGAGAAAUGGAGUUUUGAACUCAUGCAAAAAUUGCUUCCUCGACAUGUUGAGAUCAUAGAACUGAUUGAUGAAGAGCUUGUUCGAAGUAUUGUUUCCAAAUAUGGCACGGAAGAUAAGGUGCUGUUACGUGGAAAGCUGAAGGAGUUGAGAGUUUUAGAAAAUGUUGACUUGCCAGCUGCAUAUUCUGAUAUAUUUAUUGAACCUGAAGCGAGUUCUAUCAUUACAUCAGCUUCCAAUUCUGUUGAUGAUAAAAACUCAGCAAAAUUGGUCAAGUCCGUUGAUGGAGAUGAAACUGAUGAGGGAAACGAUGAACUUGAAAGCAAGAACAAAAGCAAGAACAUUCAGGAUAAGAAAGUGAAACUAAUUCCACCACCACCUCCACCACCAAAGAUGGUUCGAAUGGCUAAUCUAUGUGUUGUAGGUGGUCAUGCAGUUAACGGGGUUGCAGAGAUACAUAGUGAAAUAGUAAAGGACGAAGUGUUUAACGCAUUCUAUAAGUUAUGGCCUGAGAAAUUUCAAAACAAAACCAAUGGAGUGACACCUAGAAGAUGGAUUCGUUUCUGCAAUCCUGAUUUAAGCACACUUAUUACAAAGUGUACUGGCUCAGAGGAUUGGGUCCUAAACACUGAAAAGUUGGGUGAACUGAAAAAGUUUGCCGAUAAUGAGAACCUUCAAAAUCAGUGGAGGAUAGCAAAAAGGAACAAUAAGUUGAAAGCUGCGGCAUUUCUGAAAGAAAGAACUGGGUAUACAGUGAGCCCAGAUGCGAUGUUUGAUAUCCAGGUGAAGCGCAUUCAUGAAUACAAGAGACAACUAUUGAAUGUUUUGGGGAUCGUUUACCGUUACAAGAAGAUGAAAGAAAUGAGUGCCGCGGAAAGGAAAGAAAAAUAUGUUCCACGAGUUUGCAUCUUCGGUGGGAAAGCAUUUGCCACUUAUGUGCAAGCCAAGAGGAUCGUGAAGUUUAUUACAGAUGUGGGCGCUACAGUUAACCGUGAUCCUGAAAUUGGUGACUUGUUGAAGGUUAUUUUUCUUCCCGACUACAAUGUCAGUGCUGCUGAAAUACUCAUCCCUGCUAGCGAAUUGUCGCAGCACAUCAGUACCGCUGGAAUGGAAGCCAGUGGAACAAGUAAUAUGAAGUUUGCAAUGAAUGGCUGUAUCCUGAUUGGAACCUUGGAUGGAGCCAAUGUUGAAAUAAGGCAAGAAGUUGGAGCUGAUAACUUUUUCCUAUUCGGUGCUGAAGCCCACGAGAUUGCUGGUCUUAGGAAAGAAAGAGCCGAAGGAAAGUUCAUCCCGGACCCACGUUUUGAAGAAGUGAAAGAUUAUGUUCGAAGUGGCGUGUUUGGGGCUUAUGAUUAUGAAGAAAUGAUAGCAUCAUUGGAGGGAAAUGAAGGUUUUGGUCGUGCAGAUUAUUUCCUUGUGGGAAAGGACUUCCCCAGCUAUAUUGAAUGUCAAGAGAAGGUUGAUGAGGUCUACCGGGAUCAAAAGAGAUGGACGAGGAUGUCGAUAUUGAACACGGCGGGGUCAUACAAGUUCAGCAGCGACCGAACCAUUCAUGAAUAUGCCAAAGAUAUCUGGGACAUUAAGCCUGUUGAGCUACCAUAGAUAAAUAAAUGGUGGUUGGAUGUUCUGCUGAGAGUAUAUGGUAUGUUAUCAGGAAUAAGAAUGUGUAGUUCAAGUUCUGAAUGCACUGCAUUUCAGGAACGGUCAA